AUGUCCGAGAAGAGAAAAUUUUGGAGAGUCGGCUGUGGUUCAGCUGAGCCGAAACCCAUGGGGAUCCAUGUGACAAAGCGGUGCGACGAAGGACGCCCCGGAUGCCGCAACUGUGCCCGACUUAAGAAACCCUGUCCCGGAUAUCGAGAACCAGGCUAUGGCUUUAUUCGAACCGCUGUCUUUGUAUCCUCCAAACCAGGAGACAGCCCAAGCCUGAAAUCGUCGUCAUCCGAGAACCUCACACAAAUAGCGCGUUAUCGUGCCAGCUCCACUUCGACCGAGGGCGACGACAGCGAUUCUGCGAACAGUGACUCGAUCAUCCACUCAUUUUCUCGCGCAACUCAGAGACUACGCCCCGUGAACAGUCUGUCCGGCGAUGUGACUGAACAGGCAGUUUGUUACUCCCUCACACAACUUGAUGCCAACUCUCGGGUGCUAUAUGGGAACCAUGCAUUCACGUUCCUGCCCAAAAUACUCUCCAGCUCAGGGCGAGAUUCUUAUCUAUAUGCGGCCAUGCGAUCAGUUGCCGCAAUUAAUCUGGCCAACCGAUCACCGACUGUCGACAUGCACUCUAUCAUCGAAGCCGAGUAUGCGCGGGCAGUAUCUAGCGUGACUGCUGCCCUAGCAGAUCCUGAACAAUGUUUAAAGGACGAGACUCUGGUCGCAGUUUGGUUGCUCGGCAUCAGAGAGCUUCUGGCUAGUGUCAAUGGACCACACGGAGGCUCGGCCCAUCAAACGCACGUCGACGGGACUCUAAUGCUUCUGCGUUUACGCGGUGAUGAACAGUUUAGCCGCCCCGAGGGUCGUCACCUAUAUCACACUCUUCUUUCGGCCAUGCAUUGGAAGCCUCUGUUCGCCAGCGAGGAGCCGUCACCAGAAUAUCUGAUGCUGGAAUCACAAUUACCCCAGGCCACUUCCACAAUUCCAACGGCAUCCUUGAGACUGAGGAGCUUUUUCCACGGUGUCUCCAAACUGCGAGCCCGUAUCAAGAAUUUCCUGCUGAUGCCACAGAAUGCGUCUGUCAAUAAAUUCCAAACUGUGAGCUCCUACUUGAGAGCUGCAGCCAGACUCGAGGACAAGGUCAGCGGAUGGUGCGACAUUUUCGACUGGCUUCCUCGAAAGGUGUUGAUCGACACACCGCACCGAUACCUUCCUCGCACACCGUGGACAACGGGAACUCUCUUCAGGCUGCACUGCUUCGGGUCAUGGGAGGCUUUCUUCCACUGGAACCGGUAUUUUGUCGCAAAGAUCUGUCUGCACGCAGCUCUACUCGACGCCAUCGGUAGUCUUGGGAGCAACCAUCCACGUUACGACGAUGGAAAUUUGGCGGAAGACAUCUCUGAAUUGGUCACCACCCACACCAAGGUGAUACAGGAGACAAUCGGCGACUUUCUUGGCACCCUGGCUUUUGCCUUUGGAGACGUGGACAGAAACGGCCUGGCCCGUAAUACCCCGACUGCAGUGGUCAGUGACGGGGCGUCUACUGAGCAGCGCGGCAUUGACAUCCCCAGCGCGUUACAAGUGCAAGCACCUUUGUCUUAUCUGAUCACUUUGAGAUGCCUUGGGCCAGGGCAGAAAGAGGCCAUGUUUUUAGCUCUGCAGCGCGUUCGGGCGGAGUUUAGUGUAUACUGA